AUGAAGAUCACAGACAAGCUCAACCAGGCUCAUGUUGGCACAUCCAACCCACCACCAGCAACCUUUUCAUUCGAGUUCUUUGUCCCCAAGACUGCACAAGGUGUGCAGAACUUGUACGAUAGAAUGGAUAGAAUGUAUGACUUGAACCCCAUUUUCAUUGACAUCACCUGGAAUGCUGGUGGUCGCUCAUCCACGUUGACCAACGAAAUGGUGUAUACUGCACAGAGCACUUUGGGUUUGGAAACGUGCAUGCACUUGACGUGUACAAACAUGAAGGUUGAAUUGAUUGAUGAAGCUUUAGACAAGGCUUAUAAGUCAGGAUGUCAAAAUAUUUUAGCAUUAAGAGGCGAUCCACCUUUGGAUGGAAGUGAAUCUACGGGUGAUUUCAAGUAUGCCAAGGAUUUGGUUAGAUAUAUUCGUAAAAAGUAUGGCAACCAUUUUAAUAUCGGUGUUGCUGCUUAUCCUGAGGGGCAACCAGAAGAAGAAGAUGAAACGAAAACAUUGCACUAUUUAAAAGAAAAAUGCGACGAAGGAGCUGAUUUCAUCAUUACGCAAAUGUUUUAUGACGUGGAUAACUUUAUCAACUGGUGUGGCAAAUUGAGAGCCAUUGGUGUCGAAGUCCCUAUUAUUCCUGGAAUCAUGCCAAUUUCCACCUACGCUGCAUUCAUAAGGAGAGCCAACUGGUCACAAAUCAAGAUUCCGCAACAUUUCCUUGACGAAUUGGAUCCAAUCAAAGAUGAUGAUUAUUUAGUCAGAGAGAAAGGAACUGAGUUGGUUAGUGAAAUGUGUACCAAACUUAUUGGAUCAGGUUAUGUCAAUCAUUUACAUUUCUAUACAAUGAAUUUAGAGAAAUCUACAGUUAUGGCUUUAGAGAAACUCAACUUGAUUGAAGCUAUCAAGUCGCAUGAAGUUGUUGGAGGCACCGAAUUGCCCUGGAGAAAAUCUUUGCACCCAGAAAGGUCCAAGGAAUCGAUUCGUCCUAUUUUCUGGCAAAAUAGAAAAUAUUCCUACAUUUCGCGAACGGCAACAUGGGAUGAGUUUCCCAAUGGUAGAUGGGGUGAUUCUCGUUCGCCAGCAUUUGGUGACAUUGAUCUUUGCGCUUCGGAAUUAUUGAGACAAUCACCCAAACGAGCAUUGGAAUUAUGGGGCGUGCCUCAAGAUUUAAAGCAAAUGAGUGACUUGGUUGUCUCGUACUUGUCAGGGGACUUGAAAUCAUUGCCAUGGUCAGAUGGUGCCGUUGGUGAAGAUACCAAGGUCAUUGUUGACGAUUUGAUCAAAUUGAACCAGCGUGGAUUAUUAACCAUGAAUUCACAACCAGCUUUGAAUUCAGUCAAGUCAUCGGAAAAAGUAUUUGGUUGGGGACCCAAGAAUGGAUACGUUUACCAAAAACAGUACUUGGAGUUUAUUUGUCAUCGAGACAUUGUUGAUAAAUUGUUGACUCGUAUUCAAGAAUUCAACAGGGCCCAAGGUGAUUCAUCAAGUUCAAUAGUUUCUUUCUAUGCCGUUGACUUGUCAGGGAAUUUACAAACAAAUUGUAAACCUGAUGAUAUAAAUGCCGUCACCUGGGGUGUUUUCCCAGGAGAAGAAAUUUUGCAGCCAACAAUUGUCGAACAAACGUCAUUCUUGGCUUGGAAAGAUGAAGUGUAUCGAUUGUUUGAUGAAUGGAAUAAAGUCCUUUCGUCAAACUUGGUUGAUAUUGAUGAUGAAUUGAAAUUGAAAAACUUUGCGCAGUUGAUGAAUGGCAUAGGACACGAUUUCGUCUUGUGUAAUUUGGUCAAUAAUGAUUUCAUCGACUCAAAUUCAACCUUGUUUAACUUGAUUUAUGAUUUGGAUUUACCCGAGUUGUCAUAG